UUUAACAGUCCCACCACAUCACAACGGGAUCUACACCAGUCAGAUUGUGUGUCUGCAGAGUUCUGUCAUGGGCAGAUUAAGAAAGAAAUACAACUGGAAAGGAAGACUGCAGAACACAUCUGCGCAGACAGCAGCUGGAGAGAAACACAUUGAUGUCCAGGUAGAGAUACAGGAGGGUGCAGAGCUUAAAGGAGUUGAUGACGCUAACGCUCUUGUCCUGCCGGCCACCAAAACCAAGAAACAGAAAGUGGAACAUCAUGUGAACAAGAAGAAACCCCUGACGAAGAAACAGAGGAAGAACCUGGAGAAAGUUCUGGAGCAGAAAGAAAAGAAAGCUCAUAGAGCAGAUAUAUUAUCCAAACUGUCUGAAGUUCAACUGCCCCAGACUGAGAUGAAGUUGCUGUACACGACAUCUAAAAUGGGCACUGGAGACAAACUCUACCAGACCAAAAAAUUGUUGAAUGAAGAACAGAAUGGAAGUGUAACCAGAGGGAAGAUCAGCAGUUUGAGUGGAGCAAACCGAAAGAGACGGAGAGAAGAUGACGACGACGAUGAUGAAGAAAAGGACUGUGAGACAUCAGACUCCGAGAGUUCAGGAUCAGACUCAGACGAAGAAGAGGAACAGAUCGCGGAGGAGAAACCUUUAGAACAGACCAGCAGCCCAGAGAAAGAGACCGAAGAGCAGAAACAGCCGGAGGUUAAAGAGGAAGAGAAGAAACUGAAAGAAAUAAAAGAGAUUCUUCGUAAAGAGGACGAGAGCAAACCUGCCGUCUUCAUCCCUGUGGACAGACUGCCGGAGAUUCAGGAAGCUCGUCUGAGGUUGCCCAUCCUGGCAGAGGAACAGGUCAUCAUGGAGGCGGUGAGAGAAAAUGAGUGUGUGGUGUUGUGCGGAGAAACAGGAAGCGGAAAAACCACACAGGUGCCUCAGUUCCUGUAUGAGGCGGGAUACGCCAGCUCUGUAGGGAUUAUUGGUGUGACGGAGCCCAGGAGAGUGGCCGCUAUCAGCAUGUCUCAACGUGUUGCCAAAGAGAUGAAUUUAUCCACCGGGGUGGUGUCAUAUCAGAUCAGGUUUGAGGGGAACGUGACUGAAGACACAAAGAUCAAGUUUAUGACGGACGGCGUUCUGCUAAAAGAAAUUCAGAGGGAUUUUCUCUUGCAGAAAUACAGUGUGAUCAUUAUAGAUGAAGCUCAUGAGCGCAGCGUGUAUACUGAUAUUCUCAUCGGGCUCCUCUCACGCAUCGCCCCGCUCAGAAACAGGAGAGGUUUACCCAUGAAACUCAUCAUCAUGUCUGCGACGCUGCGCGUGGAGGACUUCACAGAGAACCAGAGACUCUUCCGCACUCCUCCACCUGUUAUCAAGGUGGAGACGCGUCAGUUUCCAGUCACGGUUCAUUUUAAUAAACGCACACCGAUGGAAGACUACACUGGAGAAGCUUUUCACAAAAUCUGCAAGAUUCACCGCAUGCUGCCGGCAGGUGGGAUUCUGGUGUUCCUGACGGGUCAGGCGGAGGUUCACUCUGUGUGUCGCAGACUGAGAAAAGCUUUUCCUUACAGACCCAAUCGAGAGCGCACAGAUUCUGCGAACACUGAAGUAUCGAAGACAUCCAGACGAGCAAAGAAAAAGAAUGUGUGUCUUCCGAAGAUCAGUCUGGAUAAUUACUCGGCUCUGCCGGUGGAUGAGGGCGACGAAGACCGUCAGGCUGGCAUUGAUGAAGAUGAUGGAGAGGGUUCAGAUCUGGAGCUGGAGCUGGGAGAUCAUCCAGACAAUGAUCCAGAGGAGAAGAGUGACCCGUCCAUUCCUCUCUAUGUGCUGCCGCUGUAUUCUCUGCUGGCACCUGAGCAGCAGGCCAAGGUGUUCCUUCCGCCUCCUGCCGGAGCUCGUCUGUGUGUCGUCGCGACCAACGUGGCCGAGACGUCUCUGACCAUUCCCGGCAUCAAAUAUGUUGUGGACUGCGGCCGCGUGAAGAAAAGGUUUUAUGACCGAGUGACGGGCGUCUCUUCCUUUAAGGUCACAUGGAUCUCACAAGCUUCAGCCAAUCAAAGGGCAGGAAGGGCGGGCAGAACAGAGGCGGGACACUGCUAUAGAUUGUACUCUUCAGCUGUGUUUGGAGAUUUCAGCUUGUUCUCAGAGGCUGAAAUCACUCGCCGGCCCGUCGACGACCUCGUUCUUCAAAUGAAAGAUCUCAACAUUGAAAAGGUUGUGAAUUUCCCGUUUCCCACACCCCCCUCCGGCGAGACUCUGAUCUCUGCAGAACAGCUUCUCAUCUCACUCGGUGCUCUGGAGGAACCGCCUCGACGCGGACGGUUGAACGAAAUGGAGCGAGCUCGUCUAUCAUGUCCCAUAACCCCUCUGGGUCGUGCGAUGGCGGCGUUCCCCGUAUCACCGCGUUACGCUAAGAUGCUCGCUCUGGGCCGUCAGCAGGGCUGUAUGCCGUACAUCAUCACAAUAGUGUCUGCCAUGACCGUCAGAGAGAUCUUUGAGGAAUAUGACAGGCCUGCGGGCAGCGAGGAGGAGAGCACCCGUCUGGCAGGGAAAAAGGCCAGAUCUUUUCAGAUGAGGAGGUUAUGGGCGGGUCAGGGUCAGUCGCUUCUGCUGGGAGAUCUGAUGGUUUUAUUGGGGGCGGUGGGUGCGUGUGAGUUCGCGGGAUGCUCUCAACAGUUCUGUGAGGGGAACGGCCUGCGUUACAAAGCCAUUUUGGAGAUCCGCCGACUGAGAGGACAACUGACCAAUACAGUGAAUAGUGUGUGCGCUGACGCCGGUGUGUUCGUGGAUCAGAAGAUGGCUCCUCCCACAGACGCUCAGGUGGUUUAUCUUCGGCAGAUUGUACUAGCAGGUUUAGGAGAUCAUCUGGCCAGACGAGUGCAGAAUGAAGACCUGCUCGACCCAAAAUGGAGAAACGGCUACAAGACUCCUCUUCUCGACGAGCCGGUGUUUAUUCAUCCAACAUCUGCUCUUCAUAAGACACUCCCUGAGUUUGUGGUUUAUCAGGAGAUCGUUGAGACGACAAAGAUGUACAUGAGAGGAGUUUGUGGCGUUCAGCCUGAAUGGAUUCCGAAGCUCCUCCCACAAUACUGUCACUUCAGCGCUCCGGAGCAAAGCCCCGCCCCCUGGUACUGCCCACAAACUGGCAGGAUAAAGUGUCAACAGCAGAGCACCUUUUUCAGAGUCGGUUGGAAACUUCCCGCUGUCGAGUUGGAUUACCCAGAAGACCUUGAGCGAUACAAACUGUUUGCAACGUUUUUCCUGGAGGGGCAGGUUUGUCCAAAGCUGCAGCAGUUCACCUCAUGUUUGCUGUCGUCACCCGCUGUAAUGAUGAAGACAUGGGCCAAAUUGCAGCCUCGAACUGAAGUUCUUCUCUCAGCUCUUGUGUCUGAAAAAGUAGACAACAAAACAUCUUUAGAGGCGGCGUGGACAGAAAAUGACAAAUAUCUGUUAUCAGCGUACUGUCAGUGGAUCCCCGAAUCUCUUCAUGCAAAGGUCACAAAAUGCUGGCCACCCAUCUGAUGACCUUUGACCUCUCCGAUGUACAGUAGAACCCGACCGGACAUGUCUUCAUCUAACAGACCGAAGAGGCUGUUCCUCAUUUUCAUACACAUAACUUUGACCUGAAGACUGUAAAAUAACACAAGAAGGCUCUUCAUCACCUCAUAAACUGGACAUUUGGAAAUUCUGGAUGAUAAAACCAGAGCAAAUAAAUUUGUAUUAUGUUUUUACACAA